CAUACAUCACAUGGAGGCCUCCUUCAGAUUACUGCCUUUACUGGCUCCGGCAGUGCGCCGACUCCCACAACUACCUACCAGAGCAUCGCGCGUGGUGCAACAUCUCCAGCAACCAUGCCGAACCAGCAGCGUCCUCCCAUCACGAGCCUUCACAACGGUUCCCGCGCGAAGAGCAGACGAUCCCUCGACAUCUCGAUUUGACAUGGACAUUGCCGAUUUGCUAGACGAUACCCUCAGCGGCAACAAAUCGCCCGUUGCGAAUCGAACAUCCCGCACUCCCUCCUCAGGCACCGCCAAAUCCAGCGACGCCAUCCUCGCCAAUCGCCCGCGCGAAGGGAACUCCUUCGACGUCUUCACCAGCGGCAUGAGCUCAGCAUACCCGUCUCCCCUGGCUUCGCAAGGUUCACAAAUGGACAGGAUGAUUCCGUCAUCACCUUUGGGACUCGCACCUUCAAUGGACAUUGUGGAACCCCCGAUGAAGCUCAAUUCAAGUACUGGACGACAGGUCAGGGUGGAUCCGGAGAGGAGAAUGGAUGUUGGACGGGCGUUCAGAUCACUGGAGAUCUUGUGUGCGAGGAAUAGCGUGAAGAGAGAUUUUAUGAGGCAAAGAUUUCAUGAACGGCCGGGUUUGAAGCGAAAGAGGCUGAAGAGUGAGAGGUGGAGGAAGAAUUUCAAGGCGGGGUUCAAGGAGACGGUGCGGAUGGUGAUGAAGAUGAAGAAGCAGGGAUGGUAGCGAGCAAGAGGAGGUAAUGUGAAUAUACGAGAUGCAUACCGACAUGUUCACAGCUGAGUGUUCGAGCGUGGAUGGACGUACGAUAACGAGGCUGGUCGUGAAUGAGAGUUCUG